AUGACCCCGGCCCAGGAGGUUGUCCUCGAGAGCGUGGCGCGCACUACCUCAGCCAUCUCUUUGGCCGGCUGCCUCUUCAUCUUGCUCACAUUCGCCUUCUUCCCGGCCUUCCGCAAGCCGAUCAAUAGGCUCAUCGUCUACGCAUCCAUCGGUAACAUUCUGACCAACACCGCCACUGUCAUCUCAGUUGCUGCCAUCCCCAGCCAUGGCGGGUCUUGGUCUUUGUGCCGCUUCCAAGGCUUCUUCAUUCAGAUGUUCAUGCCCGCUGAUUCUCUCUGGACCCUUUGCAUGGCGCUGAACGUUUUCCUCACGUUCUUCAAGAAUUACAAUGCCGUCGAUUUGCGCAACCUUGAAUCCCGCUAUGUCGUUCUGUGCUACGGUGUUUGUGCUAUCCCGGGCAUCAUCUAUCUCGCCUUGGACCAUUCUCGGCUUAGGACGGAGAUCUAUGGAGAUGCACUCCUCUGGUGCUGGGUGAGCAAAGACUGGGAAUGGAUGCGCAUCGCAUUCUUCUACGGACCGGUCUGGGUCGUAAUCGCGGUGACCAUCUCCAUCUACUGCUACACUGGACGCGUCAUUUUCAAGCAGCGCAAGGCUCUCCGUGCCUUCUCACGCAGCAACGAGCAACCGUUCCCGCAGAUCAAGAACCCUUUCAACAUUACCAACGCUGUGACUGCUGUCACCGAGGUUGUCGUCACCUCCGAGGCCAUUCGAUCCGAGGACAACCUCAGGACUGGCGAUGUCGAAGCUGAUGCGCGGAGCUCUUACUCAAGCACAAGGAAGCUGAGUGGCACCACAGCUGGACAGAGCACUCAUCGCAACAACUCCGAGCCUGGCGACAACCCCCCUUUCCAUCGCUACGAACCCGACAGCGCCGUCUGGCCCUACUCGAAUGCUGUAUCCGGUGGCAAUGCCGAUCCCAAGAACGUCUUUUCGACUUCCGUUUCUGCAGGCGCUCCUGUGCCCGCUGAGCUCCUUCUCGACUUCGAAGGCCCACGCCCCACUAGUUCGGGCAAUGGCAACCGCAAGGGCUCGGGUGGUCGCCAUGCCAACGAUGCCGCCUGGGGCUACGCAAAAGUGGCGUUCUUGAUGUUCCUCGCUCUCUUCGUUGUCUGGAUCCCGUCAACCGUCAACCGUGUCUACGCGCUGGCCUAUCCGGAUGAGGUCAACUUCCCGCUCAAUGUCACUGCGGCCUUCGUCUUGCCGAUGCAAGGUUUCUGGAACUUCGUCAUCUAUGUGUGCACAUCGUGGUCUCAGUGCAAGAACGCGUGGGCCGAUGUGCGCGCCCUACUCUCGCGCGGACUGACCUUGAGGAAGAAGCGUUCGGACCCUGAUUUGGAAAUGACUGGAGCGCCGGGACCGAAGCCGAAGCGUAGGUCCAUCGCGAGUGAGCUGUAUCCGGAGAGAAGGUACGGUUAUACGGGACACCACUCUGAGCGAUCCGGUGUAGAUGAGAAGGACGACGCCAUCACUCCUUGUAGUACUCGUCCGCCCACGAGCGAGGACGAUGUGAGCGGACGCUAG